GAUUCUGAGGCGAGCGCGGCGGAGGGUGGGCUGCGCUUGCCGGAGGGGGUGGGGGAGCCGCCUGCCCCGUGCCCCCCGCCAUGUAUCAGCGGAGCCGGGCAGUCGCUGGACGCCUUGGGCCCCGGUGCUCCUGGGGUUGGGAGGGCAACACCGGAAGGCGCCGCUGGGCGCAAGGCGACUCGACUAGAUGCUGUUACCGGGCGCGGCCGCGGGACCUAGAUGCUUCUUGGGAUAAGCUACCGCCAGGGCUUGUCCCUGUGGCCUCCGUAGGGCCGACAUUCCACUCUUUCACCAGGAGGCCAUUGGAAGCCUCCACCACCCUCCCAGCUCUGCUCAGCCCUACACACGGCAGCUUUGCUGUGAUCGAUGGGAGUGAGUCAAAGACUAGACUUUGUUCGCCGACGCACCAGCCCAGCCUGGAGACCAGGGCCUUUUUCCGCCCCGCUGUGCUCUCUCCUCCCGAAGGCAUGGGGGGUGCCGUCACGUUGGUGAGCGGGAGGCAAGAAGAUGACAUCGUGGUCAGGGACGGCGAAGGGCUGGAUGGUGCCUCUUUAGACUCUUUGCACAGCCUGUUCCAUGGCUGGCAGUGCCGCUCACCCUACCAGGCUCCCGAGGUAGCACUGGGCCCACUCACACCCUUCAGGGCCACGACGGGGAGCCCAUCCCCAGCCAGUUCCUCGGGGAGUGACGAUUCCAGCAUGGAGGAGCAUCUCGCAGUCAUGCACCAGAAAUUACGGAGCGAGUUACCAAGCUUAUUUUUGAAGACCCACGACUAUGGAAUCUACUCCCAGGAUGUGGAGUUUGACAACGAGAUUCUGCACCUGAAAACGCGUGGCCGAGUCAUGUACCAGCUGGCACUGACCUUAUGCCGUUUCAUGGCCUGGAACUACUUUGCCGACUUGCGCAUGGAAGUGCUGAAGGUGACGCAGCACUCUGAGAACUGGAGCAUCCAAGCCCGGUGGCGUGUUACGGGGCUGCCUUUCCACGUCCUCCUGCUCCGCUUCUACAAGAGGGACAAGGCCGAGCUGUACAGGACCUAUGAUGCCUAUUCCACUUUCUUCCUAGAUUCCCAAGGAUUAAUUAAAUGUCAUAGGGUCAGCAAGCUGAUGCCAUCCCAGCCUCCCCUGACCAAGGUGAAAAGGCUCCUGGUCGCCUCCUUGCUGGGCCUGGGGCUCUCUGACCAGAGACCCUCCCUGCAGCUCUUCUUCAUGGCUCUGGCUGGCAAGCAGCAGGGCCUUCCGGUAGACUGCCAGAACAGCUGAGGCCGAGCGUGCGUCUCGUGUUCCUUUUUAGUGCGCCUGCCCCACCGCAGGGUGAGGCUUGUCGCUAGCGGCUCAUUGUGCAUCCGUGUUGCCUCUGCACAGGGAGGGUGGGCCUGGCCUCUUGUUGCUGCUGUUAAAUCCCA